AUGCCUGAGCAAUACCACGGCCACCCCGACUACGCGUUUGAUCGCAAUUUCCAAGGUUAUGGUGAAAAGGGCCUAACACUCAAAUGGCCCAACAAUGCCAAGAUUGCAGUUUCCUUUGUCAUCAACUAUGAAGAGGGAGCUGAGCGUUCAGUCCUCACCGGCGACGGCAUAGCCGAGCCUAAUCUUCGCGAGCACGCAGCAGCUCACCCGCGCAUCAACGAGCGCGACUACAGCGUCGAGUCCGAGUACGAGUACGGCAGCCGGGUGGGCUUCUGGCGCAUGUUCCGGCUGUUCGAAAAACACGGGCUCAAGUUCACUCUCUACGCAGUGGCGCAGGCGCUCGAGCAGAACCCGGCCGUCGCGGAUCGCUGCGUCGAGGGAGGCCACGACGUCGCCUCGCACGCCUACCGCUGGAUUGACUACCACGACUUCCCCGUCGACCGCGAGCGCGAGUACAUCAAGAAGGCCGUCCUGUCCCUCAAGAAGCUGACGGGAUAUGCGCCCCGCGGUUGGUACUACGGUCGUCCCUCGCCGCACAGCCGCAGCCUGGUGCCGGCCGUGUACGAGGAGCUCGGCGAGGAGCUGGUCUGGGCUAGUGACGCCUACGCGGAUGACGUGCCGUACUGGACGGACCUGCCCAUGGAGCGGGACAAGCCCGAGCCCAAGGGGUGUUUGAUGGUGCCUUAUUCGUACGACUGCAACGACUUCAAGUUCUUGUCAGCGGGAGCUGGAUUCCGCGACACUGAGGGAUUUGAAAACCACCUCAAGAACGCGUUUGAUGUGCUGUACGAGGAAGGUGGAGAAGGCAUGCCAAAGAUGAUGACGAUCGGGCUGCACUGUCGCAUCAUUGGCAGGCCAGGCAGGUUCACGGCGCUGAAGAACUUUGUGGAGUACAUUACGAGCAAGGAGGGUGUUUGGGUGGCGACAAGGACCGAGAUUGCCGAGGCCUUCAAGGAGCAGUUCCCAUACAAGAAGGGACAGCUGGCGUGA